AUGAAGAAGCAGAUAGAGUAUCUACUGGACAGACAACUGAUCCGCCCAUCCACCUCCCCCUUCGGUGCACCGUUUCUCUUUACUCCAAAACCAGAUGGUAGUUUACGGAUGUGCAUCGACUACCGCGCACUGAACAAACAGACAGUCAAGAACAAAUACCCCAUACCGCGCAUAGACGAUCUUCUAGACCAACUGCGUGGUAUGUCGGUGUUUUCGAAGCUGGACCUACAAUCGGAUUACUGGCAGAUCAAGAUGGCGGACAACUCGAUUCACAAGAUGGCAUUCUGUACCAGAUAUGACUCCUACAAAUAUUUAGUGAUGCCGAUCGGACUCUGCAACGAACCAGCGAUGUUCCAGGCGGAGAUGAACCAUAUCCUACGGCCCCUGCUAGACGAGUGCGUAGUGGUGUACCUGGACGAUAUCCUCAUCUACUCCAAGAACAUGAAGGAGCACGUGGAGCAUCUGCGGAAGGUGUUCGAGAUCCUGCGGAAAAAUAAGUUCUACGUGAAGCUGUCGAAGAGCGACUUCGCACUGAAGAAGGUGCAGUUUCUUGGGCACAUGGUGAGUGCGGAGGGCGUACACGUGGACCCGCGGAAGAUUGAAGCCGUUAAAAAGUGGAAAGUACCGGAGAAUAUGAAGGAGUUGCAGCAGUUCCUAGGCUUCGCCAACUACUACAACAGGUUCAUGCCACAUUAUGCUAAGAUAGUAGCACCACUGACCAACCUACUGAAAAAGGAUACGCCCUAUAAAUGGGAUACUCCUCAACAGCAAGCCAUGGAGCAGCUACAGACAGCACUGACUACAGCGCCAGUACUCAUCCUACCGGAUCCAGACAAGGACUACGUGGUGGAAGCAGACGCUAGUGACCAGGCAGUCGGAGCAGUAUUGAUGCAGGAUCACGGACGCGGUUUGCAACCCAUCGCCUACCUCAGUAAAAAAUUACACGAAGCAGAUUUGAACUACCCCAUUCACGACAAGGAAGCCUUAGCCAUAGUUGUAGCCUUCAAAGCAUGGAGGUGUUACCUAGAGGGAGCCAAGACUACAGUCUACACUGACCACUGCAGCCUCAAAUACCUGAAGUCGCAGCCGACGCUCUCACGACGACAGGUGCGGUGGGUGGACUUCUUGGAGACCCACUUCCACUACGACAUUGUCUACAAGCCCGGGCUACACAACAAAGCAGACGCGUUGAGCCGCCCCGGACAUGCAAAUGGGAUGAACCCUCUGCUCAAGGGACUAUACCAACAUGGAUACUCUGUGGACGCAGAGAUCGCUACAGCAGAGAAACAAAACCUGUUAUAG